AGUUGAGUCUCCUCAGUCACCCACCGGCGCCGCCUCCUCUCCGCUCCGCUGCGGAGGACAGAGGACAGACUCACAGCGGAAACUUCUGCAAGGGGACACGGGAAGGGCUGCAGAAAGGAGUCGAAACCCACCACUGCUGCUGAGCCCCUUGGGAGAUCCGUCCAGGCCUUUUCUACUUCUGUGUGCGGACUUGUCCAGGAUCCGUCACCGCUCGCUGAUCAACACACUGUAGAGGGCUGCUAUGUCUGUCUGAACUCACACGUCUUCCUGCAGCCAUGGCCAAACAGAGCGCUGAGCUGUCCCACUGCUAAGCAACGGGGCAUCCGAGAGGGCAGAAGACAUGUUGGGACAGAGGCCCGGGGACCACUGCACUGAAUUCUGUUACUAUAGCAACUACUGUAGUAACCAUGGAAACGCUAUGGAGGACUGGUCUGGUCUGCACUGUCAUUGUCGUCAUGGUUGCCACCGAGGUCGAAGGAGGUCACAGAGAUGAGUUCGCUCAGUCACAAGCUGCUUUCCUGUCCAGCCUAGGACAUUAUGAGAUUGCCAUCCCGGUACGUGUAGGACCUAACGGUGAGACGCUGGACGCAGAAACGCCUCAACACCACCGUAGAAGAAGACGCAGCACUGAAGACAGGCUGCCUGACUCUCUCUUCUACCAGCUGUCCACGUCACGUAACAACUUCCUGCUGAACCUGACGCUGCAGGGAGGCCUGCUGUCUCGGCAGUUCAGGGUGGAGUACUGGAAGAGGGGUCGAUUAGCCUGGAGUCAUCCUUACUCUCCCCACUGCCACUAUGUAGGACACCUUCAAGACCAGCCGCACUCCAGCAAAGUGGCCCUGAGCAACUGUAACGGCCUGCAGGGGGUGAUUGUUGCAGGGGGAGAGGAGUACCUGAUUGAACCCCUUGUCUCACCAGAUAAUCAGACCAGGACGGAGAGGGGGGAGAGAGCAGAGGGGCGCCCCCAUGUGGUUUACAAGCGGUCAUCGCUCCGCCAUCAGUACAAGGGCCAAUCCUGUGGAGUCAUUGAUGAGAAGCCGAUGAAAAGCGCGUCAUGGUGGCAGCGAACUCUGAAAACGCCUCCCCAUCACGUCGGUCGCGGCCAGCUGCCUCUGAAGCGCUCAGUUAGCCGAGAGCGCUACGUGGAGACGCUGGUGGUAGCCGACAAGAUGAUGGUGGGUUACCACGGUCGCAGAGACAUCGAGCAGUACAUCCUGGCUGUCAUGAAUAUUGUUGCCAAACUGUUCCAGGAUUCUAGCCUGGGGAAUGCAGUCAACAUUGUGGUGACACGGCUCAUCCUGCUCAUGGAAGACCAGCCGACACUAGAGAUUAACCACCAUGCAGGAAAGUCUUUAGACAGCUUCUGUAAGUGGCAGAAAACCAUCCAGCACCGGAGCAGCUACGGUAACGCCAUACCAGACAACGGGAUCGCUCACCAUGACACCGCCGUGCUUAUCACCAGGUACGACAUUUGCAUCCAAAAAAACAAGCCCUGUGAAACCCUAGGUCUUGCUCCUGUAGGAGGGAUGUGUGAGCCAGAGAGGAGCUGCAGCAUCAAUGAGGACAUUGGCCUGGGAACAGCCUUCACUAUCGCUCAUGAGAUAGGACACACGUUUGGGAUGAACCAUGACGGGAUGGGGAACGCCUGCGGGCCCCGCAGCCAAGAGACCGCCAAGCUGAUGGCUGACCACAUCACCAUGAAGACAAACCCAUUCAUCUGGUCCGCCUGUAGCCGGGAUUACAUCACUAGCUUCCUGGACUCAGGUAUGGGCUCCUGUCUGAACAACGUCCCCCCCAAGCAGGAGUUUGUGUACCCCACUACGGCACCGGGCCAGGCGUACGAUGCCGAUGAACAGUGUCGGUUCCAGUACGGGGUCAGAUCCAGACAGUGUAAAUAUGCGGAAGUCUGCAGUGAACUCUGGUGCAUGAGCAAGAGCAACCGUUGCAUCACCAGCAGCAUUCCCGCUGCAGAGGGAACCAUCUGUCAGACCAACACCAUAGAGAAAGGGUGGUGCUACAAGAGGGUGUGCGUGGCUUAUGGGACUCGUCCGGAGGGCGUGGACGGGGGCUGGGGUCUGUGGUCACCCUGGGAGGAGUGCAGCAGGACCUGUGGAGGAGGAGUGUCCUCGUCUAUCAGACACUGUGACAGCCCCAGGCCAACCAUUGGUGGAAAGUAUUGUCUGGGGGAGAGGAAGCGCUUCAGGUCCUGCAAUAUUGAUGAGUGUCCUGCCGGCUCUCGGGACUUCCGCGAGAUUCAGUGCUCUGAUUUCGACAGCGUUCCUUUUCGGGGAAAAUUUUACACCUGGAAGCCAUACAGAGGGGGUGGGGUGAAGCCCUGCUCUCUCAACUGCCUGGCGGAAGGAUACAACUUCUACACAGAGCGCGCUCCAGCUGUGGUGGAUGGCACGCCUUGCCGAGACGACUCUCUGGAUGUGUGUGUAAAUGGAGAGUGUAAGCACGUAGGCUGUGAUCGUAUCCUCGGCUCAGACGUUCGCGACGACCGCUGCCGGAUCUGUGGGGGUGACGGGAGCAGCUGUGUGUCUGUGGAGGGACUCUUUAACGACUCGCUGCCCGAAGGAGGUUAUGAAGAGGUGGUCAGAAUUCCCAAAGGGUCGGUGUUCAUCCACAUACAAGAACUCAACAUCUCCCUCAACUACCUUGUGCUGAAGAGUAAAGGGGACCAGUACUUUAUCAAUGGGAAACUGACCAUUGACACACCGCGCAGGUUCGACGUUGCUGGUACCACCUUCCAUUACAGGCGGCCCACUGACGGGCCAGAAACUCUAGAAGCUCUGGGGCCAACAAACAUAACCCUGAUUGUCAUGGUGCUGGUGAGGGAGGAGAACCCAGGGAUCCACUAUCGUUUUAACCCACCACUGAACAAGGAUCCUCUGACUGGCUUUGCUUGGCACUACACCUCCUGGUCACGCUGCUCAGCUCUCUGCGCUGGAGGUGUGCAGAUCCAGCAGGUGGUGUGCAAGAAGCAAACAGAUCAUUCAGCCGUCUACAACCACUUCUGUGACAAGAAGAACAAACCCAAAGAGAAGAGAAGACCCUGCAAUACUGAGCCGUGCUCCCCAAGCUGGUGGACAGGAGAGUGGUCGGAGUGCAGCCGCAGCUGUAACGGCGGCCUGCGGACACGGGAGGUGUUAUGUAAAAGGAGGAUCUCUGGGACCGAGGAGAAGGUCCUGGACGACUCGGCCUGCACCCCCACACGCCCAUCUCUCACCGAACCCUGCAGCAACCACAGCUGCCCCCCUGAAUGGCUGGCCCUGGACUGGUCAGAGUGCACGCCCAGCUGUGGUCCUGGCUACAGGCACCGUGUGGUCUUGUGUAAGAGCGGGGAGAGCGGUGACACGCUGCCAGAGUCCAAGUGCCCCAAACAUGGCCGACCCACCUCCAGGGUGCGCUGUAACCUGCAGCGCUGCCCUCCCCCUCAGUGGGUGACGGGCCCCUGGGGAGAGUGUUCUGCCAAGUGCGGUUUGGGUCAGGAGAUGCGUUCGGUGAAGUGUCUGACCCACACAGGCCAUCCGUCCAACGAGUGUCUGGAACAUCUUCGGCCAGCAGCCAUGCAGCAGUGCAAGAGCAAAUGUGACCUCAGUCUGCCCAUCAGUACAGACAACCCCGAAGAGUGUAAAGAUGUGAACACUGUGGCCUACUGCCCCCUGGUGCUCAGGUUCAAGUUCUGCAGCCGGCCAUAUUUCAGGCAAAUGUGCUGCAAGACCUGCCAGGGACACUGACCUGGACUCCAGGAAAACUCACAGCAUCAAUCUUUGGGUCUUGUACACACUCACAGUAAGCCUGAAAACCCUCCCACUGAGCCUUGUAACAGCAGCCCUCACACACUGCCUCCGUCAGAGGAGUGUGACGUCUAAACUGGGACACUGUCGGACUGACACCUGGUCCUGUAACUGUUAAAAGGGGACCUUUUUCCAGCCAGGAUCCAGGCCAGACCAGACGCCUCUCCGGGCCGAACUGAGUUAUACAUUCCACUGGAGGGAGGGCUGCUCAAACCUGGAGAGACGGAGUCGGGGAGAGAGUAACAUCCCUCCAUCGUCUUUUAGGAUGAACCCUCUCUCUCUGUCUUUCUAAACAAUCCCUCUGUUGUAAUAUUUUGGUGCUACUAUAUUUCACUUUGGCCGCAGGGCUGGUCGCAGUACUCUCUUAAAGCCUGUAUGUUAACAGGUGAUAUUUGUGUAGUUAUGAAUUUAAAAUCCACUUCUGUAAAGAAAAUGAUUUUCCAGAUAUCUUUGCCCAUGAAAAGGAAAUAUCUUAUGCUACAAAAUGAAAGAUCUGUUUCUAAUAGUUGUUACUUGACCACGUUGUUUUUUAUGCCAUUGCUUUGUUUCCGCAUCAACCUAUCCAUCAAGUCCUCGCUGUCAUUAAGUAUGAGCAGAGUUUGAUUUGCACAAGCAGUCCGAGGACGUGUGUGUGUUAUAUGUUCGUUUUCAUGUGAUUUGACUUGAUGUCUCUGGAAGCUAUAAAUGUCUCACUGCAGUGAACCCGCCUUAGUCUUGCCAUUUGGGGUUAGUUUGUUUAACUGUUAUCACCUCUACAAUACAGUACUUCAUGCUGCACAGGACACAUAGAGACACUGCCUUAGUAAUGUGAGUAAGGCCAGUGCUGACUCACAUGUUCACAUUAUAGGAUGUUGUCGGCUGCAGACCGUGGCAGCUUGUGCAAAGAGUCUUCAAAAAGGAACUUUAACAGCUCAACCUAUCUGAAAACCCCUCUGCAAGGGGCCUUGUUGUUGUUUAUUUUUGCCACAUGUUACCACUUAUGCGACAGUGCUUGUAACUUUUACUGUGAGUGGAAAUUCAGAGCACAGUGAGACACAGCGAGAGUCAGCUCUGCCAGCGGGAACAGGCCCAGUGAGGAGGAGUGAAGACCUCUGACCGCUCUGCUUUCAAAGAGCGUUUUAUAGUAGGAGUGCUAAUCUGAGGAUGGAUUUACACCCCCAUAAAAAACAUCUGAUCUCCGUGGCACAGACCUGGUGUAUUCAGGGCUGUCUGAAACCACCAUUCAGGCUGCUGUGAAAAAGAUUUCUGCAACAGACUUUUAGAAAUUAGAGCUAAUUUAAACUUCCAGUGUGAUAAAAUUAAACCAUUUGGCCGCUUGGUGGCAGCUGAAACAAGCAAACAAACACAACACUGACAUAUCAGCUUCUAGGUUGAUAAAGUGAACAGUUAUUUACACUGAUCCAGCUGAUGAAUUAAAGUCCAAUAUUCACUCUCUUUAGCUCUGUUUUUGGUCUCUAAAUAUCUGAAUCUUUAGCUGCUAAAGUCUCCACUAUGUUCACCAGCUAUAGUUGCGUCUGCGUACGGUGAAUAUUUAGAGCUUAUUUUCCUGAAAACAGCAAAAAACGACAACUCUAUGAGAGCAGAGAGAGUGAACCCAAACAUUAAAGUCAGAGCCAGACCAUUAAACAAUGAGCUUGAACUUCCUAAAGCAGAGAGAAGCUGCGUAUCCAGGUGUUAAUUCAUUUCCACGAGCGAAGCUUUCCACAUCGUCAUUAUUAUAAAUGAUUGAAUUGAAUCUCUCAGUGUAUAGCUGGAACCUAAAAACGAUCAGCAGCAGAAUGAUUUAUUAAUGCACAGAUGUUUUUGGGGGCAGAUGUUCCCUGUGUGAAUCCUUUUUUUAAAGAUGUGACUAUGUGACUCAAGGAAUCGUGUCACCUGACCAAAAUUUGUUGCGGUGAUGAUUUCAUUGACGAUUUCUACUGACACAGUUUCUGGAAAAGCAGUUUCAGCUGUUUCUUCAUCCUUUUAGAGAACUUCUUAUAGAAACGCUGCCUCAGAGGUCAUCGCCAUCACUGCGACGUCCACUGUGCUCUGAACUCCGCUGUGGUCGGACUCUUCUCAAACAUUCACACUGAUCACCGCUGAAAGCAGCUCCAUGUCACACUAAAUGUCACAUACUUUCAUUGUAAAGAGGAAGCUACAGUGUGUCUUCAUGGGGAUUAGCUGCAAUGUUGUUGUUGUUGUUGUUGUUGUUUUCUUGUGGUGCUUUGGUUUGGAUUGGUGCUAUUAGUUCACUGUUGUUGUCAUUGUUUCAUUUUAACAGUUGUCCUUUUUAAUAAUUUAGAAAUCAAUUUGAGCCUUGUGUAAUAAUAUCAAUCUGCAGAGCGGGCCUGAGGUGUGAGACUGCAGCUGCUUCUUUGGGUUCCUUUGUUCAUCAAGUUUUUAAUUUUCACUGUCUGGUUAAAGUCAGUCGUGCCCCUAAAAUCUCAAAAUGCAAAGAUUUUGUCAAAUACUGUAUCAAUUUCUGAAGGGGCACUAUACAGAAUACUGGCAUUUAUAAACGCUCUUACAAACAAAAAUAAGCUAUUUUUCUGGCAUUAAAGCUGCAGUAUGUAACUUUUAUUUUAAAAAAACUACACAAGACAGAUAAUAUGUGAAAUAAUUAACCUCCUGUGGCUCCUCCUGAGACAAGAAAGAUCGUUGAUUGUUGAGUCUCAUUCAAAGGUCGUCUAAUCCCGAUGCUUUAGGUCCUGGAAAUGAGACUCAACAAUCAACUGUCUUAAAGCCUCGGACCUAAAGCGUCUUUCUCUGUCUUGGCUCUGAUUGGUUGUUUUCAUUCAGGCCCGGUGGAUUCUUGCAAACGCCAUUAGGAGCGCUAAGAGGAGCCAGAGGAGCCAGAUUAUUUUAUAUCCUGUCUCAUAUUCUACUGUCAGGAUAAAGUGAAAGUUUCAGCAAAAGUUUUUUUUUUUUUUAAUAAAGUUUACUUAUUGCAGCUUUAAACAAACAUUUGGGUUUUGGGAACACCUUAAAAAAAUGUUGAAUUUUGACUUUACAGCUAAUGCAUCCCUGCAGUUUGUCAGGACUGAAUAGGUGGAAAAUACCAGUUGUAACAUUUUCAAUUGCACAUAUUGUUUCAGAAGAUAUUUCAAAGAAUAAUUGCCAGAGAUUUUUCCUGUUUCAGCAUCUGAAAGGCAUUUUUUUUUUUCCUGUGUAUCUACCUGUGCCUAUAAUAAAGGUUCGCACUGAGUAGUGAGCCUGUUUUAUCUGAGUAAAUAAGAGGGACAGUACCGGUAAUUGUUGUUUUUGUUUUUCACAUGCUAAUUAUAACAUGACAUGUACUGUAUAUUGUUCAAUACUAUAGAAGAUGGAUCCAUUUCCCCCAUGUACAUCUUUUUAAAAGGAAAUAUUAAAUUGAUUAAACAUGGUGCAUUGUUGAUUCUAAGAAA